AUGGAGCUCCAGAUCGACCACUGCUUCACCACCAUCAACGCCGCCGACAUCCAAUCCUCGAAUUGGAAUCCUUUCAACCAAAAUUUCGCACCUGAUUUCAACCAAUUUUACGCUCCUAAAGCUGCAUUUGCCGAAUUCCCCGAUCUGCUCCCCAAUUUUCCCCCAAAUUCUGCCGCUUCUCUGUGGGAAAAUGGAGAUGGAAUUGGCGAUUCCAUACGAAAUCCGAGGGAGAAGCAAAGGAGAGUGGUGGUGAAAGGAAAGUAUGAAGCUCUACGAGCAUUGAUUCCAACUCCAACUAAGAGGGCGAUCGUGGGCGACGCCAUUGGGUACAUCAAGGAGCUGAAGACGACUGUGGCUGAGCUGAAGGUUCUGGUGGAGAGAAAGAGACGUGCGAGAGAGGAUGAGAAGGGUGGAUCAAUAUCAUCGUGGCUGCACAGGAAAACGAAGAACACGGAGGUGGAUGUUCGGAUCGUGGACGAUGAGAUCACGGUGAAGCUGGUGCAGGAUAAGAGGAUCAACUGCUUGCUGUUUGCAUCCAAGGUGCUUGAUGAAAUGCCGCUCGACCUGAAUCAUGUGGCUGGAGGCCUCAUUGGUGAUUACUACACUUACCUUUUUAACUCCAAGAUUUUUGAUGGCUCAAUUGUGUAUGAAAGGCUUUAA